AGGGGGGGGAGGAGGGGGGGAGGAUGGGGGGGAGGAGGGGGGGGGAGGAGUGGGGGGAGGAGGGGGGGGAGGAGGGGGGGGAGGAGGUGGGGGAGGAGGGGGGGAGGAGGGGGGAGGAGUGGGGGGAGGAGGGGGGAGGAGUGGGGGGAGGAGGGGGGGGAGGAGGGGGUGGAGGAGGGGGGGGAGGAGGUGGGGGAGGAGGGGGGGGAGGAGGUGGGGGAGGAGGGGGGGGAGGAGGUGGGGGAGGAGGUGGGGGAGGAGGCGGGGGAGGAGGUGGGGGAGGAGGUGGGGAGGAGGGGGGGAGGAGGUGGGGGAGGAGGGGGGGAGGAGGUGGGGGAGGCAGGGGGGGAGGAGGUGGGGGAGGAGAUGGGGGAGGAGGUGGGGGAGGAGGCGGGGGAGGAGAUUAGGCCGCGCACUCUUAGUAGAGGUACCG